AUGAAAGUGACAACACCUUCUGAGGCUCUGAAAUCACCAUGGGAUUAUGACUUUUUUAUUUAUAAUGGUGUUGUAGACAAGACAGCCCCAGACUUCUUAGCAUUCAAGGAGCAUUUCAGUUUGUGUUGGGGAAGUAUUUUUUCGCUCUUGGAACACAUCGAGAAGUUUCUCAGGAACUAUGCGAUACCAGAAGUCAAAAUAAAAGGGAACAGUUUAGUAGCGCUCCUUCCAGAGUUUGACCUGAAGAAUAAACUUACCAGAUACGACCUUCUCUCAGUGUUAGAGAACCCAGCUCACAUCCAAAUGAUGUUAAAUCUUCCCGGGCAAAGAUACAAGGGCCGAGAUGGAAAGACAGAGGCUGCCAUGAAGAUCCAAGCCACAUGGAAAUGCUACAGAGCAAGAAGAUUCUUCCUUGUUUAUCGCCGGCAGAAGUGGGCGUCAGGUGUGAUCGCCGUUGCGUGGCUCUUACAUUGCCGUAAGACCCGGCUGAGGAAGCUCCUGAAGGAAUCACGUGAAAGACACCUGGAGAAUUUCCGCAUUCGAGCCAAGCAUCUGGCAGCCAACUGGAAUCGCAUCAGGACCUCCAGGAGGACUAUUAUCCAUAUCCCAUCAUUAGGAUAUUCCCAGCCUGUGCGACAAAAUAUUGACGACUUCAACACGCAGCAGAACAUGCAGCUGGGGAGGCUGUGUGACAUCUUAGAUGCCAAUGUAAGCGUCAUCUACAUCUGCUCCCAUAGAAUGAAUGACGAGUUGCUGCUGUAUUACAAUAAAAUCCUGAGUCUACAGGCAGCUGUCAAAUCAGGGAAACUUGAGGACAGAAGUGACCUGCAGGACAGGUUCAAAAUUAUCACCCCUGAAGCUAUAAACAUCUUCACUAUAAUAGAACAGGUGAGUCAGCUGGUCAUUGAUCACCUGGAAAUCCAACGUUGGCUCUUUAAAAUGAACGAUGAGUUUGGAGGAAAUGGGACUGCAUUUUGUGACUUUCCUUCCCACCUAAAGUGCUACAAGUGGGUCCUAAAGGAGAGUCAGAGGUACAGCCGUGAAGACUGGAGCAAGAAAUGGGCACAAGAGCCAGCUUUGGUGAAGAUCUCCGAGGAGCUGGCGGGCAUUUUAGCACAGCACGCACAGCCAGUCAAUGAGAAACGGUUCCCGACAUGGAGGAAAUUCCUCCAAACAUUUCUCAGUCAAGGAGGCGUGAUCGAAGCAUACCCCCCUUCAGAGAGCGUCACCAACCUGACAGUGGACAUGCUGAUAGAACCCAGUGGAGAAAUCAGGAUACUGUCAACAGGGGACCAGUUUCAUGCUGAAGGCCCCUUCAUCUCCUCUGGGACCACCAUGCCUCAGACCUCAUUGGAUCCCCAAGUUCUCAGUUCUUUGUGCCUUCAAAUUGGAAAUGCUUGUAAAAUGAAAAAUGUGAUUGGUUACUUUUCUACCAACCUGGUGACUUUUAUUGAUCCAAGGACCAUGGAGCAGCAGGUGUGGGCAACAGGCCUCAACCUCUCAUACAGUGACCAGCUGGCCCUGACUCAGCUCACCUUAUACUUGACCAACGGCCACCUGGAUUGCAGUUUGAGCACCCUUGAAGUGCCCCGCUUUGUUCCCAAGAAAGACAAGAAAAUGAGCCAUGCGGCAAUGCCGUCACGGGCAACCAGUCGCUAUGCGGUGAUGAGCACCCAGCUGAGGCACGACAAUCUCUCUCUGAUUUUCCACUACGUUUUUCUCCAGAUGUGUAAGGCCCAUGGCAUCGGCUAUGAUAUUGAGAACAAUCGGUGA